AUAACGAUGAUGAUGAUGAUGAUGAUGAUGAUGAUGAUGAUGAUAAUAAUGAUAAUAAUGAUGAUCAUACUGGAGUGUUCUCACAGCUGUCCCACAUGUAGUGAACUAUGACCUGAUUAUUAAUACGUUUGUUAAUUAAUAGCUCUGAGUGUGUUUUCAUGGAUCCUCUGGACUCUGAUCGGAGGGGGGGGGGAUCAGCUGAUGUUUCCUCAAAGAGAAGCUGUCUCUUAUCAGCUGACUGUUUACAGCUGAUAGUGAAUGCCCCAGGCCGCACCCCUAUGAGGGGUCAUGUGACGCAUCAAAACAUCAGUCAAAGAGGCCCCCUUCUUCUUCUGUGGUCCCCCACCCCCUGUUAGCAUAUCAGUAUUAGUAUCAGUGAGUUUGGUUUACAGCAGAAAUGGGAACAGGAAGUGUCCCCUUCAGAGUAAAAGGCCCAGGUGAACCCUGCAGGAUGGGGGGGCUUCAGCAGUGCCAGCAGGCGCAGGAUCAGCUGCUGGACGCCAUCAGGGGGGUGACCAGGGCGGAGCAGCAGCUGAGGGAGAGCAGCCGUGAGGUGCGCGGGCAGCUGCAGAGCGCGGUGUCCCGUCAGCAAGAGGCGCUGCGCUGCAGGGAGGUCUGGCUGCUAGGCCAGAUCCAGCUGCUGGAGACCCUGCAGACCGAGACCCUGCAGACACAGCUGCAGCACCUGCACCGGCUCCAGGGGCAGUUUGAUGUCCUUCUUCAUCAGAUGCAGAGCUCCACCUGCAGCAAGGAGCUGAACCAGCAGCUCAGCCUCUGCAUGGAGAGGUUGUCUUCUCUCAGUCUGACACCAGAGGAAAGCCCAGAGCUCUUCUUCACAGCCGACACACACUCUCUAAGGAGCGCCAUCACCUCCUUCGGCUGUGUGUCUGCUCAGGUGGGGCAGGGUGUGCUCUCUCAGAGUGUUUCAAUCAAUGCCAAGAAGCAGAAAGUGGAGAGAGAGAGCAGCGCUCCUAUUGGCUGUCUGUCCAGCAGGGAGCCUCAGGAUUGGCUGAUGUCUGGCAGUGAGACCCCGACUUCCUGUCCCGCCCCCCCUGACUUCCUGCGGGGGUUGGAGGCGUGGCUCCUACAGAGGCAGUGCUCUGACAGCAGUUGCUCCUCCUUCUGCAUUGAGGAUGUCGACCAAUCAGAGCUCAGCAGGGAGGAGGACGAGGAGGAGCUGAGCGGCUGGCUCAUCACCCCCACCUCCCCCCCCAUGCAGGUCGCCUCAGAGGGCGAGCGUUGGCGUUCCGUGUUGAAGCCGUUCCAGGAAGGGGACUGGAAGCCCUCUGAUUGGCUGCAGGAGUCCAGCCACCCCCCUGCUGACUGCACCUCCUGCUGCCAGACCUCCAGUCUCCCCUUUGAGAUCGAGAACCUGGGGCAGCUCAAGUGCCUGAAGACCACCCCCUCCCCUGCCGCAUUGCCCCCCCCCUCUCUGGAGGCGUGGCUGCAGAAGGUGCCGCUGCAGUCCUCCUGCAGAGCUAACGAGGUCUGCGUCUCCUUCUCCUCCUGUGUCUGUGAGGAGAACUGUGGGGGGCCGGCGCUGAGCCAAUGGCUGCUGAUGCAGGACGGACGAGACAAGAACGGCAAGAAGGUCCCGCCCACUAACGAGCGGGUCCCGCCCACUAACAAGCAGGCCCUUAAAACCACACCCAGUGAGAAAGAGACCACACCCAGUGAAAAGGAGGCUCCGCCCACCGAGAAGAAGGCUCCGCCUCCCCUGCGCCUCCAGCAGCAGGAGCAGAAGGUGCAGGCCAUCCUGCAGGCAUGGCUGCACCCCCUCAGGACUCUGCAGGAAGAGAACACCUCCUCCUCAUCCUCCCCCUUCCUCCUCCCUCUGGACCCGGAGCGGUGGGUGCAGCACUACUCCCCCCCAGCCCCCCAAGAGGAGGACAAGUGGCUGCUGAGGAAGAGGAGCCAGGCUCAGGCGGUGUGUGAGCUGUUCUCCUGUAUGAAGCUGGGGUCAGACGCUCAGCAGUGGCUGCAGAUGUGACGCCGUGCCUCCUCCUCCUCCUCCUCCUCCUCGCUGAUCAGCCUUCCUGUGACAUCACCACGCUCUCCUCCAAUCAGGAUCCAGCAGCGGCCCAUGUAAUCACCUCAGUGGUUGUUGUUUAAUGCUCAGUUAUUCUUCUCUGUUGAUUUGUAAACAAUGCUUCAUCUGGGGGGGGAGUUUUGAUUGGGGGAGUAUAUAAAGUCGGCGUGGCUAUAAUGAUAUAUAAAGUAGGAUUUAUGGGAUUUAUUUUAAACAUCUGAUUUUAAUCUGUUUUUAUGAUUUCAUGUAACUGAAUCUGUUUCCUGUCAGGCUGCAGAUCUACUUGUAUGACUGCAGGCUGCCUCUACACCUACUUUAUAUCUCUGUCCCCUCCCCCAGCAGGGUGUGUUUUAAACACUGAGGAAACCAGCAGGAGUUCUUUCAGAUUAAAAGCUCCUGGCCUUAGCUCUGAACUCAGUUUCCCAGCAUGGCUCUGGGGGAAGCAGCCUGCAGUCUCACUGGUCACAUGACUCUGCAGUCAACAGUGAUUGGUGCUUUUAUUGACGGUGGGGGGUGGGGCUUUCUGACAUACAGAGCUGUGAUGUCAUCAGUACUCUUCCUGCUGUGAUUAUCUACAGUAUAAAUAAAUCAUGACAUCAUCA